CGCACCAGCGAUUCAAGUCCUUCUUGGGCUCCCCACCUUUCCCACGCUGCGCCUACACUCGCCAGCAUGGAUCGAGUCGACUACCACUUGGAGCGACUUCUGCCCAGCCUACAGCUCCUCACACACCUUCAUCUCUUCACACACCUCGAGCUCCAAUCUCUUACCCAAAAGCGCCGCAAUCACGAGCUGCAUCUCAUCAGCAAGAAUGUCUCCCUUCCGCACUAUCUCGAGUACAUUGCACUCGAAGAGGACAUUGAGAAGCUCACAUCCCUUCGCGUCGCACGAUCGGGCAAAGACGAGCAGGGUAAUGAAGUCGUCACACUCAAGGACCGCAAUAAACUGCGCCGCUUCCAGGAACGCCAGCUGCUCAGCGUGUGGCAACGAAUGGUCACCAAACUCGGACCAAGGGACCCUGCCGUGUUUCAGCGCUAUCUUACCUGGCUUCAGGCAAGAAAGAUGCGCAGAGUCUACUCGCAGAUUGCUGCCCAGGCUUUGAGCCUGCACCCAUCCAGCGUACCACUCUGGAUCUGCGUAGCUGACUGGGAGCUCAAUGCCAAUCUCGACGCAAGUGCUGCUCGCUUGACCUUGUUGAGGGCGAUCAGACUGAAUACAGUUACACAGAGUGAUGCGAAGCGACGGGCAGCCAGGAAAGAGAAGGAGGGCAGGAGGAGGAAGAGGGCCAGGAGAGUUGCUAGGGGACAGGACGGGAGUGACAGCGAUGACGAUGAAGAGGCCGAUAGCGAGGACGAGGACGAGCAACAAAGCGAUGUCGAGGGAGACAUUGAUGCUCAGCCGUCCACGUCGAUGGUGCCGCUCACACUGCCUGCUGCCAUCACGCCUUCGUCACGCGACCUCCUCACACUAUGGCUCGCCUACUUUCGCAUGGAGUGCGUCUUCCUCGAGAGGCUGAGGAGGCGGUGGGCACUUCUGGGCAUUGCAGGCGGGGAUGCAGCAAAGAGCGUAGUCGAUGAGGCGCAAAAGGAGAGUAGCAUCGAACAGGAGGAUGGCAAUAGCGAAGACGAGGCUGCAGCCUCCGCCAGACCAGCUCCUUCUCUCUCGGCAGAACGCUCAGAUGCUCAAGCCUCUGCCGCGAACGAAAGCGCAAAAGCGACAGCUCCCACCAAGAUUCUAUCUGGUGCUCUGCCUCUAGCCAUUUUCUCUGCAGCACUCAAUCCAGCCGGACCUUUGUCAACCUCAUCUUCCUCCACUCCAUCUCUCCCACAUAACCUCAAGCUCGUCUACGCUCUCCUCGUCCUCCGCCUCCUCCUCUCAUUUCCCUUCGAGACGCGCAACAACGCCGAUGGAGAGUCUUUGCGGAGCAGCCUGCUGAGCUCAAUCCUAGCUACGCUGGAUUCGCUGGCAGCCACCGCGGCAUCCUCGCGAACCGCAGACUUGGUGCGCCGCAUCACUUUGUCGAUUUCUGCGGCUAGAUUUGCCGCGUACCGCCGCCUGGUAGCAGAAGACGAGGAGUCCCGACCACAGGAGGAUGUGGAUAAGCGGCGCAACGAGGAGCUUAGUGCGGCGGCGCGGCUGGCCGUUCAUGGCGAGAGAGGGGAGGAGCAGGUGCAAGAACUGUUGAGCGCCAGCGUACCAGAGGAGGACGAGGACGACGUCGAGAAGCCGGCUCAAGACGUACCCGGCGAUCAUCCGUUGCACGCCCUCCUCGCCCAGCUGGUGAAGGAUGUCCGCCGUACGCAGGCCUAUGCGCAUGCGACGAUGCACAAAGAUACGGCAAAUCAGACGAGGAUCGGCCUUGCUAAUGCAGUAAAGGCUCUCUUGAGUAAUGCAAGCGAUUUGGACGCAGCGACACGCAUUACAUUGGGGAAAGCAAUUUGGAGGAGUCUGGCGUAUCAAGAGGCUGUCGCGGAUGAGGCUCAGGAUGAGGAAAACGCGAAGAAAGGCGGCCUGCAAGCAACCCGCGACCCGCUCCUUCCGUACGUCACUGCCCUUCUCGAGCGCGCUUUGUCGAAACAGCGCAAGAGCUCAGCAAGUCACAGUGCGGCCAGCCUGCUCUUCUCUCGUCAAGUUCUGCAGCACGAGACGGAUCUUCUUUCGACAGCAGGAGGACCAGAUGGCGAAGAGCUCCAAGGCAAGUGGGAGAAGCUCGACGAGUUGGCUGUUCAGACGCUGUCCGGUUUAGUACCUCGCGACCUCUUUGCUCGUGCGGCCAUUUGGACGUCGCGAUGGACUUUUGAGCAAUUUGUGCGGAAUGACGGCAAUGAGGGCACGUCCGCCAUCGUGGAGCAGCUUCAGUCAGCAAAUGACUUUUGGCUUACCUCUUUGCGCUCCCUCACCCCGAGCAAGAGUGCUUCGACAGAUAGCAGCGAUCUGGCGGCCACGUCUGCCCUCUUCAUCGCAACUCAAGUCCUGCCUUGGGUGCGUGCAGAGCGCGAAGAAGGACGAGCAUUGUACACCGAAGUGGUAGAGAAGGCCGUCCAGCUCAGCAGGAAGCAUCUCCUCGUUGCGAGGGCUGAGAGUGCCGAAGCUCGAGAAAAGCUGCAAGGGUGCCACGAUGGAGCGCUGCUUUGCUUGUUUGAGCUUGGUGGGGAGGAGGAGGAGCAGAAUGUGCUUCAGCUGUGGAAGGAUAGCAGCCAGGCUAGCCCCAGCUUGGCAGCGUGGACUCGUCUCCUCCCCCUCCUCCAGGGCGACGCCAACAUUCUAGCAGCAGCGCAACACGUUGAGCGUAUGGCACUUCAGCAUCACCAGCGUGCUGGAUACCAGCACAAGGACGAACUCGAAGUGUCUCGGGAGGCAGAUCUGCUCCUGGACGUCUUCACUGCCCUGUUCGAGACUUAUCUCAAGCAAGGGGAUGUCGCGGGUGGGGUGGGAUUACUGCAGAAGGCGAAGAGGGUCGGAGGGGGAAGUGAGGCCUGGGAGAGGAGCGUCGAGGAAAGGUGGACUGAAGCCGGGGCGGCCUUUGAACAGUAACCUCAUACAUAGAAUUCAAU